CUUAAGCGCAGACCACGCCCUUCUCUGUGACUCCACCUUCGGCCUCCUUGCGUUUUCCAGCGAUGGUGUCCCCAUGGGAUCAAAACUUCAGCGUCACAGCUGGGGACUGGCUUCGUGGUCCCUGAUGGGAGAGCAUGAACAGGUGCGACCCUCUUUUGGCCGGCCUACCCCGGGACCCUGACUGCAGUGUAUCUCACCUCCGCUCGCCUUCUUCACUCUCCAUCACAUCUUGGCCUGCCAACGAGAAGAGGGGGUCCUCCUCAGACAGGGGUUCGGAUUGUAUGACUCGCUGGUCCAGGACCUUGGAGCCUGAGGUCGUGAACGCUGUUUCACAACAAGCAUCAAGGUCUGUGGCCUGGGGACCAGAGUGGGACUUAACGCCUCAGCCUAAUGAGAGUACCUCCUGUUCCAACUCAGACCUGCACAAGGAACAUUGCCAUGACCAGGACCUUGUGAAGAGGAACCACAGCACAACCAAGAAGUCCCUGGAGCCCGGCUCUUCCAAAGUAAAAGUUAAGAACACCAUGCUCAUCCCCGACUCCCACAAGCUCUUGCGAUGUGAACUAGAGUCCCUCAGGACCCAGCUGCAGGCUCAGACCAAGGCUUUCGAGUUCCUGAACCACUCUGUGACCAUGCUGGAGAAGGAGAGCUGCCUACAGCAGAUCAAAAUCCAGCAGCUUGAAGAAGUGUUGAGCCCCACAAGCCGCCAAGGAGAGAAGGAAGGCCGUAAGUGGGGUGCGGACCAGACUCAGCAGGAGCUGUAUGGGGCCCUGGCCCAAGGCCUGCAGGGAUUGCAGAAGACAUUGAAGGACAGUGAGGAGCACCAACAGGCCCGUACCACACGCUGCCUGCAGCUCUUGGCCCAGGAGAUCCGGGACAGCAAGAAGUUCCUGUGGGAGGAACUGGAGCUGGUGCGGGAAGAAGUGACUUUCAUCUAUCAGAAGCUCCAGGCCCAGGAGGAUGAGAUCUCAGAGAACCUCUUGAAUAUCCAGAAGAUGCAGAAAACACAGGUGAAGUGCCGAAAGGUUCUGACCAAGAUGAAGCAGCAGGCUUAUGAGCCUCCUUCGUGGCCAGAAGGUGAGGAGGUGCCCGCGGAAGGCAGUGGCUGCUGGAAGGACGACUUGCAGAAGGAGCUGAGUGACAUAUGGUCUGCUGUGCACAGCCUGCAGAGCUCCAUCGACUGUCUUGCCUUGUCUGUGGGCACCAAGCCCAGGGCCUCCAGUCUCAGCGGCCACAAGGGACACCGGUGCCUGAGUUCUCAGUACCCCUCCUGGGACUCCGAUUCUGACUGGGAGACACCUUUCAGCAAGAGUGGAUCCUAUCCUCCUGGUACAGACCCUCCUCAGCCCCUCUCCAUCCCUUAGCAUCCCCCUGUGAUUCCCACAGUGUAGGCCGUGCGGCUGGCACUCUGUCCGAGCAUCUGGUCCUUGGCUGGCAACCCUGAGUUCUCCUGGUUAAAGCCAGACCAUGACCUACCUUCUCUCCCCAUAGCUUGAGCAGCUGGGACUGCUUGCCCUGAAGACCCCUCCAGAGAGAAAAUAAACUAGCUGAGACCUUCCUCCA